GUUGGUCACGUCUAAUUCAGCUUUAGUUGUGCCCUUUUCAAUGAUUUGUGACUUAAGAAUAUGAAUAAUAUUUCAGCCAGGAAAAGAACGCUUUUACCAAUUUACCAUUCAGUCCUUUAAUAGCGUACUGUUUUACUUUGCAAAUAAACAAGUGACUUCAAACCGAAGUAAAUGACAGAAGGAGAUUUGGUGAGAGUGUGAAACGUUUCGGAAUGGGACGCGUCCAAAGGGAUUUUAGUCGCUUUCUAACCGCGACACCACAACAAGGAAAAAGUGGCAAGAAGACAGAGUUUAAUUAGACGAUAAACGGUCAGUCAGACGGAGAAAAGAGGGAACAAAGUUCGAACUGUCUCCUCAUUGUUGAGUUUUCUUCGUAUCUGGCCAGCGACUACCCCAGGCUCCCACGGACACCAUGGUUGCUCUGAACGGAUGAUAGUACGGAGCUGAACUGAGCAGCAAUGACCAGCGUGCGAUAGACGAGCGUAGGCUGCGUGGCUCACUAAAACAAAACCAAUUUCAGUGUUUCUAUUGUCUAAAAUCCAGUUGUACCGAAGAUGGGACAUCCUCCUCUGGAGUUUACUGACUGCUAUCUGGACAGUCCGGACUUCAGAGAGACUCUCAAGUGUUAUGAACUGGAGCUGGAGAAGACCAGCAAAUUUCUGAAAGAGCUGAUAAAAGAUGGCAACAGUGUGAUCACUGCAAUCAAGGGCUAUUCUUUGGCGGUGCAGAAGUUUUCCCAGACUCUCAGUGGGUUCCAGUUCGACUUCAUCGGAGACUCUCUGACGGAUGAUGAGAUUAACAUUGCUGAGUCGUUCAAGGAGUUUGCUGGACUCCUGCAGGAAGUGGAACAUGACAGGAUGAUGCUGGUUCAGAACGCCUCCGAUCUGCUCAUCAGGCCACUGGAGAAGUUUAGGAAGGAGCAAAUAGGAGCAGUAAAAGAAACAAAAAAGAAGUUUGAGAAAGAGAGUGAAAAAUAUUACUCCCAGCUAGACAAACACCUGAAUCUCUCUGCCAAGAAGAAAGAGAGUCAACUUCAGGAGGCAGAUGAACUCUUAGACAAAGAGCGAAUGAACUUCUAUGAAUCUUCAGUGGAGUAUGUGUACCAGAUUCAUCAAGUGCAGGACAGGAAGAAGUUUGAUGCGGUGGAGCCGGUCCUGGCCUUCCUUCACAGCAUUUUAACACUCAACAACCUGACUGUGGAGAUGACUCAGGACUUCAUGCCUUAUAAGCAGCAACUACAGCUCAGCUUGCAGAACAUAAGAAAUAGCUACGAGAGCACUCGCGAGGAGAUGGAAGAGCUGAUGAAACGAAUGAAGCACCCAUCCCAGAUCUGUAAAAUACACAGUUCUCCUCCAAUGGAGGGUUAUCUUUACUGUCAGGAGAAGUGGGCUUUGGGCAUGACGUGGGUCAAAUAUUACUGCAAGUAUCACAAGAAAGGGAGACAGCUCUUCAUGGUACCUUGCGAACAGAGGCCCACAACUAAACAGGGCCCUACACAGUUGACACUGAAAUCCUGCAUCCGCCGGAAGACAGAGUCCAUAGACAAACGCUUUUGCUUUGACGUGGAAACAAAUGAGAGAAACGGACCCGUCACUUUCCAGGCUCUUUCAGAUGAAGACAGAAAGUUGUGGAUCGAGGCCAUGGAUGGAAAAGAGCCUAUCUAUCAUUCCCCAAUUCACAAGCAAGCUGAAAUGGAACUGAAUGAAACUGGAUUCAAGUUUGUGCAGAAGUGCAUCAGCUAUGUUGAAACAAAAGGAGUGACACAAGAAGGAGUGUACAGAACAGUUGGCAGCAACAUCCAAGUGCAGAAGCUUUUAAAUGCCUUCUUUGACUCCACAAACCCAGGAGAUGUGGAUCUCCAUAGCAGCGACUGGGACGUUAAAACCAUAGCAAGUGCAUUGAAGUUUUAUCUAAGGAGUCUGGCUGAACCUCUGAUGACCUACAGCUUACACAGAGACCUAAUAUGUGCUGCAAAGUCAGAUAAUCUAGAUUUUCGACUGACUGAAAUUCAUUCACUUACCUACAAACUACCAGAGAAAAAUCGGGAGAUGUUGGAGAUGCUUAUUAAACACUUGGUCAAUGUGUGCAGUCACUGUGCUAAAAACCUAAUGACGCCUUCAAACAUGGCUGUUAUCUUUGGACCCACGCUGAUGAGGGCACAGGAGGAGACUGUGGCGGCCAUGUUGGAUAUCAAGUUCCAACAUAUUGUUGUUGAGAUUCUGAUUGAAGACUACAAAAAGAUCUUCUGUCAUAAGCCAGAGGACAGCACCGCCCCACCUGUUCCUCCUCCUCGGAUCACCCCAAGAAAGCGCCAGCCCAUCACAAUCUCCAAGAGGCCGCCUCGAGUUUAUCAAGCUCUUAGUCACGACCCCUUCCAGCUCAGAGAGAAUGGCCAGAAUGACAGCUCUGUCUUGGAUGAGGAAGGCUCUCUGGGCCCUGUUCCCCUGCAGCGGACAAAAGUUCUAAACUGUGCUUCGUUCACUCCAAGAGAACCUCCACUAAGACAAGUGUUGAUGCCUAAACCAUCCAACCAACAGAACAGACAUUCAGACUCCGAUGUUGGGAAAACAGACGAUACAAAGCCAAGGCCAGAUUCUUCUUCAGCGGCAAAUGGGGAGUCUGGAGUCUAUGUGACCAGAGUGCACUCCUUCCAGGGCAAACGACCACCUACAAAGGGUACUAACAGAGAAGGAGAUCCUGAGGAUCUGACCAGAACAAGGUCCACAGAGAAACAUGCCAUUUGUAGACCCCCAGUCAGACCUCCUGAGCCCCCCUCCAGACAACCUGCUCCACAAAAGCCCAAAAGUGCAGCCAGCAGCGAGGGCACACUCACAUCCUCCUAUGUUGCCUCUAAAACACAGUUUUUUGAGAAUGCCUCCAGGAAGACUCGCAGUCCAUCGCCCUCUCUACCACCAGCAGUGACAAAUGUCAAAAAAGAGAACUGAACUUGGGGAGCUUUAGACCACAUCAUGUGAGCUCCACAUAUGCUGCUGGGUGCACACCAAGCUGAUGGGUGGAUGCGCCAGUGAAAUCAGGCGCUUUUAAUCUGAUCGGAUAGGCUGAGGAAAUUACCUAAUAGAACUGAAUGAGUUUAUUUGGGUAUGUUUGAUCAUUAAUGGUAAGCGUUGGUUGUAAGGCUACACAGAAGCUUUCAAAGUAACUGGUACAGUGUUGGAUCAUUAUUCCAAAGUUUGCAUGAAGGGAAAGUUUCACACUAAUUUACAAUGUUAUUUACAAUGUUUGAAUGACUCUUGGCCAAUUUCUAGGAAACAUCUGUUGUAAGUGGCUCUGACUUGUUCACAUUCCUAAUACUAGUUCUGAGCAGCGGAAAGAUAUGUUCCACACAACACUAAUUGAUUAAAACAGACUUAAUCACUUUGAUUAUUAAUUUGAAAAUGUGACAUUUCAUUCUAAAUAUUAAGGAGAUAAUAAUGAGAACAUUUUAAAUUCUAACAAGGAACAGGGGAAAAUAAAUUGAAAUUAAGCUACAUCUCAAAAUGGAUUAAUUAUAACAAUUAAAGCUAUUUUAGUUGGUCCAUUAAAAGUAUAUAAUUUUAAUAUUUAUAUCUGGUGAGACCUAACUCGUAACUAAAAAGUCACUUUUAAAGAGCCAUUAAAAAGGUACUAGCUCUAACAUGUCAGUCAUACAGUCUGUAGUUUGAAUUUACAUGCACUAUAUUGCUGGUGUUACUGCUAAUGGAUUCAGAAGCGUCCUCACUUCUGACCUGGUGUGAUUCACUUCUUACCUCCUGUAGGUGCUAUAGGUUGGGUCCUCAAAUUUGACCUCAAAUAAAUUGUUGGUAUUAAAAAAAAGGUAAAAAUGGAUUGUUACAAUGUUUUUGAAAAUAGCACUCAUGGGUUGUUUU